AUGGAUACAAACGAAAAUCAAACAUCAAAUUCUGGAACAAUAGCAAGAUUUCUUGGAAGAAAGAAACGGUCAAUAUGGAUUAUUGGUGGUAUUGCAGCUUUUGUAGUAGUUGCAGUGAUUGUUAUUCCAACAAGUAUUGUUUUGACAAAAAAGAAAACAGCAGAAAUAGCAUCAACAACAAUAUCGAGAGAAGACUCGACUACAAUAUCAGCAGAAGUAUCAACGGUGAAUGCUCAUUUCAAAAAUUGGGUUCAAACAAAUAAUAUGAAGGAUUCACGAAAAUCUCAUACAGCAUCUGUAUCAAAGAAUGGAAAAGUAUUGGUUGUUGGUGGAUAUAUUGAAAACUCUGGCUAUGGUGUUAGCAGUGCAGAACUAUACGAUCUAUCAACAGCAACUUGGACACUUACUCCUCCCAUGAAUGAUAAACGAUGCUGGCACUCAGCAUCUCUAUUACUUAAUGGGACAGUAUUAGUUGCUGGCGGAUAUGACGGUGAAAAAGAUGUGAGUAGCUCAGAAUUGUAUCAUCCAGAAACAGAAAUAUGGGAAAAAAUUGGCAAUAUGAAUACUCAAAGAAGCCAACAUACUGCAUCUGUCUUAUCAGAUGGAAUGGUAUUAGUUACUGGUGGAGACGAUGCUGGUAUUGCUCUCAAUAGUGCUGAGUUAUAUAAUUCAUCGACUGGAACAUGGACACCAAUUAUUAAUAUGAAUUAUGCACGAAAAUGGCAUCAAGCAACUACAUUAAAAAAUGGUAAAUUAUUAGUAACAGGUGGAUCCAGUGGAAGUGAAAAUCUAAACACUGCUGAAAUAUACGAUCCAUUGAGUUCAGAGAUCUACGAUCCAUUAACGGGGAUAUGGUAUAUGAGUGGUGAUAUGAACUGUGCAAGAUUUGGACAUCAGUCAUCUGUUUUACCAAAUGGAACAGUAUUAAUUACUGGUAGACCAAAGGGUUGA